UUUAAAAUGUCUUUAAUUUUUGCCUUAUAUAGUCAGGAAGGCAAAUGCAAUGUUGGCAUUUAUUGUGAAAAGACAUGAAUCUAAAAACAGGGCUGUACCUCUGAGGCUUUAUAAGGCUCUGGUCAGGCCAUACUUGGAGUACUGCAUGCAGAGUUGUGCCCCAUAUCUCAGGAAGGAUGUACUGUCCCUGGAACGGGUUCAGAGGAGGUUCACGAGAAUGGUCCAGGGAAUGGAAACCUUAAAAUAUGAGGAACGGUUGAUGACUCUGAGACUGUACUCAUUGGAGUUUAGAAGGAUGAGGGGUGAUCUAAUUGAAACUUUCAGAAUACUGAAUGGCCUGGACUGAAUGGUUGUUGGGAAGAUGCUUCCAUUGGUAGGAGAGACGAGGCCCCGAGGGCACAGCCUUCGAAUGAAGACAAGACCUUUUAAAUUGGAGAUUUGCAGAAACUUCUUCAGCAGAUAGUUUUGAAUCUGUGAAAUUCACUGCCACAGAAGGCUGUGGAGGCCAGAAAAUUUAAAACUGAGACAGAUAGGUGCCUGAUUAUCACGGGGAUCAAGGGCUAUGGGGAGAGAGCAGGAGAAUGGGGUUGAGGAACUUAUCAGCCAUGACUAAAUGGCAGAACAGACUCAAUGGGCCGAAUGGCUAAUUUCUGCACCUAUGUCUUUCGGUUUUGUGGUCUUAAAUAAUUGCAGGUCUAAAAUCUUUGAGAGCCCAAACUCUGAGAAAGAUGAAGAACCAAGUUCACCAAAAGAGACAGCAACAAUUUCAAAUUCUGGAAAUGUUGACAGUGCAAAUGGUGAGGAAAAUGGAAGUUGUGGUUCUUCAGGAUCCAGCGAAAUAAUUGCUCAAUAUGGAAGCUUUGACACUUCAGAGGCAGAAGAGAUUCCAGUAAUCGAUUCAGUGAGCACAAACAACGGGAACAAUGCUAACAUUCUGAGCUGUGAGGAGCUUGAAAAUCCAAAUCCUCCAAAGACAUUUGCUGAGAUCAGAAAGUCCAAAACCUUUGAUGGCCCAAACUCUGAGAAAGAUGAAGAACCAAGUUCACCGAAAGCGACUGCAGACAUUUCAAAUUCUGGAAAUGUUGACAGUGCAAAUGGUGAGGAAAAUGGAAGUUGUGGUUCUUCAGGAUCCAGCGAAAUAAUUGCUCACUGUGAAAGUGUUGAGUCCAAACACUGUCCGAAUUCUGAUGAAAUUCAGAAUUUAAGUUCACCGGAGAAGGGAGCGACAGUCAAGAAAAGCAUAGACUUCAACAGAUCAAGCUUUCUAGAAGAAUAUAAUUUCAGUCCUGCAGAAAAGGAAACACUAAUGAAAAUUGCUAUUCCUGAAAUUCUCGAAAUCUGGCUGGAGGAGUCUGCCGAAGACUUUCGUCAAGUUCCAACUUACUCUUGUCUCCGGAAGGUACUUUCCUACUUGAACCAGACAGUGCCAGGGUCAGAUGCUGAACAUCGGGCCCAGAAACUCCUGAGUCGGUUUUUGGCGGAGGAAACAGCGGAGAAAGAGAUGUUUAAAGGCUACCGUAGAAGAGUCAGAUUCUAUGUGGGAGAAGAACACGACCAAACCAUCGAACAAGUUGACGAAAAGCUCCUGUCCUACCCAUCACGCUUCAUUGCAGAGCAGCUGACUUUUAUGGAUGCUGAUCUUUUUCGGAAACUUGUGCCCAGCCAAUGUUUAGGGUCCAUCUGGUCUCAACGAGGGAAGGAAGAAAAACAGCAUCUGGUAUCAACCGUCCAGGCCACCAUGACACAGUUCAAUAAUGUUACAAAAUGUGUCACCAGCACCAUAUUAAGACGCCAACAGUUGAAACCAUGGCAGACGGCUAAAAUCAUUGAGAAAUGGAUUGAUGUUGCCCAGGAAUGUAGGAUUUUGCAGAAUUUCUCGUCAGUGCAUGCUAUUACCACUGCAUUGCAAUCAAAUAGUGUGUUCAAUUUGAAGAAGACUUGGGCAGCCGUGUCAAAGAGCAGUAAGACAACAUUUGAAGACCUUUCAAACAAUGAAGAAGAUAACUUUGUAGCGAGUAGAGAGCUGCUAAUGGAGGAUAUCGUUCAGGGAAUUGUGCCGUACCUGGGAACUUUCUUAACAGAAUUUUCAGCACUGGAUUCGGCUUUCCCGAAUUACCAUUCAAAUGGCUUGAUCAACUUUGACAAGAGACAAAAACUCCUCUGAACUCGAGAAACCGCCAAAGCCCAAAAAGAGUGUGUUUAAACGCCUCAGCUGCCUGUUUUCAAAGAGAGGUGUUAAAAUACACAACACUCAAACUAAAAGCUCUGAG